AUGAUGGAGCCGCUAGCCACCGAUGAACUACCUGCCCUCUGCCGGCUGUGGCUUUCGACCCCUCUCCCCCUCCCCCUCUUAGGUUCCGAAUUCGAAUACGAACUAAAGGAAAUGGAUAACUGGAGAUUAACUCGGUUGAUUAAUUCAAUCAGGAUUUGGAGAUCUGGACUUCUGAAAGAUGAGUUCCAUCCGUUCAUCGAGGCUCUGCUGCCGCACGUGAAGUCCUUCUCCUACACUUGGUUCAAUCUGCAGGCGGCGAAGAGGAAGUACUUCAAAAAGCACGAGAAGAGGAUGUCACUGGAAGAAGAGAGGCGUUGCAAAGAAGAGCUUAUGGAAGAAGUUGGGAGAGAUGCUGCCUUGGAGGAGUCAAGUGGCCGACUGGCUGUGGUAUCGAUUGUGCCAGUGGCAGGGUCGGCAGCGCGGCGCCGCUCGGGGGCGGGACAGGUAGCUACCGCCCCUCGACCGCCUUCAAAGGUUAAUCCGCCGCCUAGCCUUGAUUAA